AACCAUAAAUAGCGGUUAGGUCUCCGAAGAGAAAGAGCUCGGACCGCGUACAAUGAAACACGUGAAGGCUCGAUCACAAACCAUUUCGUCUCUAACCAGGAAGUAACUCCACCGAAAGGGACGUUUCAUCGAUUUGUCAUUAAAGUAACCUUGCGGUACCUCCUACCUAUAACGUAGCCAAACACGCGAAACAUUUUGAUGAAUCUUUUUUACAAUUGAUACGUCAUAAUCACGUACCUCAAUGAGCGUAUUCCUAUUAAUAUAUCCACGGACAUAGAUCGCGAGGAAUACCGGUCGCGCUUUUACGAAUUUCUCCGGAAACAUGUCAGAAAUGUGAUUUUUUGAUACGGGUGAAAGGAACCUGUCAUUAUUACAAGCGAUGCGCAUUAUUACAAGUUUUAAGGUUCAAACUGUACCAGUCGAUAUUUAUGCUAUUUCUGGUACAAGUAAAUCUGAUACAAAUCUCGAUGAAUAGGUCUGUCGGAAAGUCGCGUGUCCGCGAUAUCCUUAAACGGAAAUCGGUGUAAUUCUUUCGGAAGCUCGCAACCGAUGAGACUUCCGGUGUCCUUGUAGGUUCGCGGUGUCCAGCGAAAGCCCAUAAAAGCUGGAAAGCGGCGUGGAAGGUGGCAUACGAGCAACCUGCGCGCCUGCGACCAGGUCAUAGCGAUUGCGUAGACCGAAACGUGGCGGUGCACCAGUGAGAAUCGAGAUUCCGACUCGCUUGCAUGCGGGCCCAUCGAAAUAUUUAAAUACGAAAGACUAAUCUUUGACGAGAAUGUCGUUUCGAAGAAUAACUCGCUAUAAUCGUUAAGAAAUAUUUUCUUGGAUAUAAAAAAAAAAAAAAAAAGAGAGAACGAUAGAUAUAAUCGAGAAUGUCUAGAUUACACGCUUUUUUAAAAUCAUCAAGACCUACAUGUUGAUAUUUUGUGAAUGAAAAGUGCGAGGUAUGAUAAGAUAUCUUGAAUUUCUUCAUACUUUGUGUUACUAAUUACCUUUCUUCUUUUCUCUUUCGAACUUUUUAAACUUGGCACAAGAACGACGGGAAACCGAUGUCGAACGCUUUCCUAAGUAAAAAUAUCGUUUAACGCCUAUAAUUUAUUUUCUCCGUUUCACGUAAUCAGAGGAACAAAAGUGUCGCUAUUAUUUCAAGAAAGAAGAUCGAUCAUGCUACCGUGAUACUACUAAUCAGAGUUAUUAUCUUCGCGCGGUCUUCCAAAAUAUAAUGUUUCGAUAUGGCAGUGAAAUACUUGGAUGGUCCUUUUGUGUUCAGACUCAACGACAAUGGUACAGGACCGCAUCUUCUUAUACAGGUUUGUACGGAACGGGGCUGGAGAGAAUAUACCGGCGAAAAUAAUGUAUUCAAAGAUCGAUGGAAUUUAUGGUGGCGAUCCGGCGGCUUCCCCCUUCCCCAUUACAAGCUAUUACUCCCAUGGCAGUUUAUCAACAGAAUUCCGAAAGGGAGUUCGAUCUGUCGAAAAGACAAUCUUAUCCGUCAUCUUAGAUGUAUGAAGAAGAUGCACGGUUCGAUCUACGAUUUCAGUCCUGUAGGAUAUAACUUGCCAUCGGAAUAUACUAAAUUGGCGGAAGAAUGCAGCCGCUGUGAACACGAUAGAGUUUGGAUCUGUAAGCCAGUUGGUCAAAGUCAGGGGAAAGGAAUCUUUUUGUUUCGUAAAUUAAGCGAUCUUACAUACGACAAUGCAGCAGUGGUUCAAAGAUACAUCGAGAAUCCCUUUCUGAUCGGAGGUUAUAAAUUCGAUCUACGACUAUACGUGUGCGUACCCUCUUAUCGGCCUUUGACGAUAUACUUGUACAAGGAAGGAUUGGCGCGUUUCGCUACAGAAAAAUUUUCAUUAGAGCAUUUAAACGAUCCUUUCCGGCAUCUCACUAAUUUUUCGUUAAACAAAUUGGGUCCAGGAUACUCUGAGAAGAAGGAACGCGUUGGUUCUGGUUGCAAAUGGACCUUUAGACAAUUGAGAAGAUACUUCGAACAAGCUGGAUACUACGAUUGGUUUCUUUGGCAAAGAAUAGCCUGUUUAGUCAGUUUAACUAUAUUGAGCCAAGCCGCGAGCAUACCAAAAUCUUCCAAUUGCUUCGAGUUUUUCGGAUUUGACGUAUUAAUCGACAGAAAUUUAAAACCAUGGUUACUAGAGGUCAAUCUAAGCCCAGCUUUAAGUAACGACUGUGAAAUCGACUCUGAAGUGAAGAAACCUCUGCUGCAUGACCUAUUCGAUUUACUAGGUCUUCCAGUAUGCAACACUGGUCUCUCGCUUUUUACGAUAUGGUCAACAAACCCGAUUGACGAUGAGGUUGAAGUGUCUUCCAAGUUUUGUACAAAUCGAACCAUGAAAAAGAAAUCGAAAACUUAUCGGGAAACUGAUGGUUUUCUAAAUAUAUGCACGGAACUUCGACCUACCCUUAAACAAUCAACUAUCAACAAUUCUACAAAUUUAUGGUCUCGUUACAAUCCCUUGUUAGUGGAUAAGUAUAUUCCACGCGGUUUUCAGGGUAAUAACCCAGAAAGCAACAAUAAAACAUCGAUAUGGGAUAAUGGUAAAGAUUGGAGUACGCCAUGCGCGAGAGAGGGAGGCUGGAUUCGCAUUUAUCCGUUGACACGAAUCAAAUCAGAGAAUCCCAUUAAUUAUGUAUCAUCUUUAUCGGAAACUACACGAAUUGCAGAAAAGGAAACCAGAAAUAUCGUACUUUCUAUACAAAAAUAUUUAAAAGCUGCCAAAGAAGUGCACAAAAAGAAUGAGAAAUAUAGAGAUGAACAGUAUAAUGCUACAUUACGGAAAAUGAUGGAAUUAAAUACCGAAAUUUGGCUGCCAUCGAAAUAACUUAAUAUAUACAGAACAGAUAUUCGGGUCUGCAUAUUCUUUUUAUCAUUUAAGCAAAUCAGCACAAUAUGCUUUGACCAAUUAAACGAUUCGAUAAUACUACAUUUAAGCCCAGAAUUUUCACAGCCAUAAAUAUUUCUCAAUAUUUUUAAUAGCGAAAUAUGUCUUAAAAUCGUAUUUUAAACAUAAUUGUGAUAGAAAUAUUAACGAAGAACAUUCACAUUCUAUUGUCGUAUAUUCUGAAGUACCAUACGUGGGUAAUUAAUAUGCGGGAUAAAAGAAAGAGACAUAUAUAUAUUCACCAAGAAAUUCUCGGUUUAUUGAAUAUUUUCUUGCAAAUGUACAUUAAUUCACCCCCUUUGCUGCUAACCUCUUGUCGCGCUCUUCAGCAAUCGAAAGCUUAACACCUUUAUCUCUUGGCAAGCUAAUAUACGGCUUUGUACCCUUGCCAAUGAUAAAAACGUUGUUCAACCUAAACGAAUGAUUUAUGUAUGAUAUAACAGCCGGAUCAAUAAUCUAACGUAGCUUAGAUUAACUUAAUAAACAAUAAUAAUCGUGUUUCCUAAAUGGGUAAUACUGAAAAGUCUAUGUGAAAACAAUCAGUGACCAAUAUGAAGGAAAUUCAUUUUGACCAACUUUUGACUACAAUAUUUUUUAUAAUAUAUUAUAGCUUCGAUUAUGGUCACCAUAAAAAUAAAUUUACUCUUUCUUUUAUAAAAAUUUGAAAACAAGAAAGAAUGUGCAAGGAUCAUGAAGUAUAAGCAAAUAAAGAGUAAAUAUUUUAAGUACCUUGUGGCAAAAGUAUGCCCUUGUGAGUCUUUAAUGUGGCAAAUAUCAAAGGAACCGGGAUGACGCUCGCGGCUAACAACUGUGCCUACACGUCCUAAAUUUCUUCCACCGGUAAUCAUACAGAGAUUACCUAAACAAUAAUAAUCGAUUAAUAAGUUUCAUAUAUAUAUAUUUACAACUAAAAGAUAUUAUACCUGAAUCAAAUCGAAUAGAAUCCAAGAUUUUGCCUGUUGCUAUAUCUAAAUGAAUGGUGUCAUUAACUUUAAUUAAAGGAUCUGGAUAACGAAUAGUUCUUCCAUCGUGCGUUACCAGGAAUGGAAUACCUUUCGGUCCAGUUUGAACACGUUUUACCUUACACAAUUUGUACUGCAAUAAAAAAUAUUUAAUUUCUUAGUUAAAUAAAAGAUAUCUCAUUGAAUUAUC